CUUAUAGUAAUACCGGUGCGGAUGUAAAUUAUUCUCGCACUAAAAGGGAUCACAACAAAAGCUUCGAUGAAUAAUAUCAUAAUGGAAAGGGGUCUUCUGCUGGAACGAGGCCCUGUAGAUGGCGGUGUGGAGAAGGAGGAAUGGAUGGAGCUGCUCAGUGGUCACCAUGUGGGCCGGGCUGAGAUGAAUAAACUCAUCAUGAACUACUUAGUUACAGAAGGGUUCAAAGAGUCUGCUGAGAAGUUUCGACUCGAGUCCGGGAUCCAGCCGUCUAUUGAUCUCAACGAGCUAGAUGACAGAAUCAAGAUCCGCGAGGAGAUCCAGAACGGGAACAUUGAGUCUGCCAUCACCAUGGUGAAUAAUUUGCACCCAGAACUGCUUGAUAACGACAGAUACCUGUACUUUCACCUGCAGCAACAACACCUGAUAGAGCUGAUCCGUGAUGGGAGAGUGGAGGCUGCCCUUGACUACGCCCAGACACACCUGGCCGAGCGAGGUGAGGAGAACCCCUCGAUACUGUCCGAGCUGGAGAGGACGCUGGCCCUGCUGGCCUUUGAGGAACCAGAGAAGUCGCCAUUCGGGGAUCUCCUCCUUUUGUGUCAGCGACAGAAGGUUGCCAGUGAGUUAAAUGCAGCAAUUUUAGAAACAGACGCUACACCAAAACUUGCCAAUUUGUUAAAAUUGUUAUUGUGGUCACAAGAAGAACUCGACAAAAAGAAGAUUCGUUACCCAAGAAUGACGGACAUCGCCACGGGAACAAUUGAGGCCCCAAAAUGACACAGACUCCUGCUGCAUCUGUUGCAGCUACCCUAGAUCUUGAGAAGAAUUGAGCCGAACUCUGGGAAAAUGGGCCUUAAUGAAUGUGCGUAAAGUGUCAUCCCAGAUUAGCCUGUGCAUUAUGCACAAGCUUAUCAGGUAUAACACUUUUAGCUUUUAUGGAAUUUUUAGUUUAAAAAUCUCUUAUUAACACAAAUCCAUUCUAGGCAGAAAGUGUUGUCCUGACUAGCCUGUGUGGACUGCGCAGGCUAAUCUGGGAAGACACUUAAGCACAUGCAUUAAGCCAAGUUCUUCUAGAGCAUGGCUUGUUAAUUAACACUUAUAUUAUCUAUUGUAUUAUAAUAAGCUCUUCACAAAGCCACAGAGUAGAACAGUAAUACAACACUCCUGUAUUGUCUGCAUAUUUCUUCAUGCAUUAAGUUAACCCUUAACUGCUGAGGUGCAUAAUUUGUCACAUAUGUAAUACGGUAGACUCAAGUGUUAAAGGCUUCAUUUCUAACCCUUAGUUAUUGAUGAGCAACAAACAGCAUAAAACCUGAACUGCGAGUUACUUGCAGGAUUUUCUGUUUGCAAAAGCCAUGUUCAAUUUAUUUUUAAGCCGAGGUGUCUGAGCAUGCUAGAGUUUGCUUCUAAAGAGCCCAGAUUUAAAUUUCUGAGCAGUGUCUAUUUUUUGUUCAACUAUUUAUAGUCCUGUUAUGAUAAUUUAAGACUAUUCCAAGCAUUAGAAUAUUUGUGUGUGAAUACAUUCAAUGACACAUGAAAUCCAACGUUUUCUGUUUUGCAAAGAGAUGCAUUAUUAUCCAUCUAAGCAAUAUUUACUAAUUCAAAACUUUUGUAUAGGAAUUUGUGUAUGUUUUUCCUGAGAUAUUUUGUAAAUACAGAGAUGAGGUCCAGAGGCCGCAUCCUCUAAGCUUUUUAGUGAAAACCUUAGUUUAGGUAUUCUUUUGAAUCGUAUAUUUUCUUCCACUUUCUAACUUUUGUUAUUAUUAUUAUUUAGUUUACAAUACUUUUUCAUCUCCCAUACAAACAGAUGAGGUUUCUUAUUGUACCAGUUUUCUGGUAGGUUAGUUUUUACAAGAAAAAAGAAGUAUAUAUAUCUUUCAUUUAAAUUUUCUGAUAGAUUUUUGAGGAUAUUUUCUAAGUGACAUUAGUUAUGAAAGUAAUUUAUAGCAUGACAGGAGACUUCCAAAUACAUGUGUUUAAGAUUUUAAGAUGUAAUCUGUGUACUGUGACUGCACAUCAUCAUUUUGAAGGUCAAACAUCCUGUGUCAUGCAAAAAGGAGUCUUAUGACAUUAGAGCCAGGGAAGCUCCAGACCAGCCUGCUCAGUCUCUACGCUCUCCACAUUUGUGAACAAUAAACCACACACGACAUAAGACUCAUUUUCGCAUGACAUUGUUGAAAUGUUUUUUGUUGCUCUAAGCAUUGGUAUGUGUAUACAAAUACGUGUGUAAACAUUAGUGAUGAUUUGUUACAUUUUGUUCAGAGAAACAUUGUAUAUAUGUGACUAUUGCAUGUAUUUUUUAUGGCCAAUGUUUCUUUGUAGCAUGUCAGUAUCUGACAAAAAACAACACACCAGCUAUGUAUAAGUAUCAUAAAUCAUGUGCAUACAGGCUACUUUGUACUGUUUUGCAGCACAUAUAAUGUUACAAACAUUUAAUGGACUAUACUAAAUAUAAUUAUUAUUGUGUAAAAAAAAAUAGAAGACUGCUUGCUGAAAAGAGGAAUGUAUGAACGAUUUAUAAUGUUGUAGAAAGAUCUUCAGCAUUCUGAAUUUAAUUCAGUUAAUGUCUAGGUAAGUCAGGGACAAAGGCAGUUUGUUUACAAAUAGUCAUGUUUGUAAAUUCGUAAAUAUUUAGGCUGGUCAAAUCAGUUUUGUGAUAUGAAAUUUUCCAUGUUGUAAAUAAAUUAUACAUCACUUAUUA